AUGGUGGAGGGUGAUGGUAACUUGCACCCCCAGUUCCAGCUGCGUAGCCUUUGGGGCCAGAAGGUGGCAGUGACUGAGGUGGCUGUGAAACUGGUUGCGCUGAUGGCAUCUGCUGGGGAGGUUGCUGGGAAGGUUGCACAGGCACAGGUGUCGUUGGAUGUACUGGCUGAGGCUGUGGUGGUGGAAAUUCCUUUUAGAAUGUCACAGACAAGCUUAAUGAAAGAAUUUACAAUGCUACACCUCAACAGUGGCAGUUUCUGGCUUGAAGCAAGAUUGUACAACUCUGCUAAUAUUUCUUCUGUUGAUUUUCAAAUUCAUUCAUGGGUUAUUUUAAAUGAACAGGUAAACAAAAUGUUAUUUCUCCAAAAGCUUUUAUAUUAUAUGAUAAGCAAUUCGUUCAAAGAUUCCUGCUCUACCACUCCUGACAGAAAGGUUUGCAACUGUCUG